CCCAUCCGCCAAGAGAAGAAGAACAUUUCCUCUUCCGCCGUGGCUCCGGUGCAUGAAACACGAGUGUUCAUCAUUUCUCUUUCAACGGGAGGAACGGCGACAAUACUGGACUUGCUGCCGACACUUAGCUGACAAAAAUGAAACCGAUCCUGCUCCAGGGCCACGAGAGGUCCAUCACUCAGAUCAAGUACAACAGAGAAGGAGACUUGUUGUUCUCUGUAGCUAAAGACACGGUAACUAACGUAUGGUACUCGGUCAAUGGCGAGAGGCUUGGUACCUACAACGGACACACAGGAGCUGUGUGGUGUGUGGACUGUGACUGGGACACUAAAAAUGUGCUAACAGGAUCAGCAGAUAACAGCUGUCGGUUGUGGGACUGUGAGACCGGUAAACAGCUGGCUCUGCUCAACACCAACUCUGCUGUUCGAACGUGCGGCUUCGACUUCAGCGGCAACAUCAUCAUGUUCUCCACAGAUAAGCAGAUGGGUUACCAGUGUUUCCUGAACUUCUUUGACCUGCGGGAUCCACAGCAGAUAGAGGACAACCAGCCCUACCUGACCGUACCAUGCAGUGACCACAAGAUCACCAGUGCUGUGUGGGGACCUCUGGGAGAAUUUGUCAUUGCUGGCCAUGAGAACGGAGAGAUCAACCAGUUUAGUGCCAAGUCUGGAGAGAUCCUGAAGAAGGCCAAGGAGCACACCAAGCAGAUCAAUGACAUCCAGACAUCUGUGGAUCUGACGAUGUUCAUCUCUGCCUCCAAGGACAACACUGCUAAGUUGUUUGACUCGACUUCUCUGGAUCACAUCAAGACAUUUAAGACAGAGAGACCUGUUAACUCUGCUGCCAUCUCCCCGAUAAUGGACCAUGUGGUGAUGGGAGGUGGACAGGAGGCCAUGGAGGUCACUACGACCUCCACCAGGAUCGGGAAGUUUGAGGCCAGGUUCUUCCAUGCUGCCUAUGAAGAGGAGUUUGGCAGGGUCAAAGGUCACUUCGGCCCAAUCAACUGUGUGGCAUUCCACCCUGACGGCAAGAGUUACAGCAGUGGAGGAGAAGACGGAUACGUAAGGAUUCAUUACUUUGACCCACAGUACUUUGACUUUGAAUUGGAGGCGUAAACUGCCAGCCCGCCUGACCCCACAGCUUCAGCUGACAUCAGACUCAGUCCAGUCAGGAAAGAGGAAUAACGGACAGUCGGCACUUUGUCUCCUCCCCUUCAUCUGAACUGAUCUGGAGUCAGGGUACAACAGAGGUCUACGCUGUACACUUCUCCCAGAUUACUUCACAAUAAAGGAAUAGAGCCGACGAGAGUGUGGUGUUUAUUGUAAGGCUUUUUAUCUAACAUCACUUUUGACACUCCUGUGGCAUCAGGGGCGUCUGGAUCUCUGCAUAUUUUGUGACUGGACUUUAACCCAUUCUCCUGAAGUGUAUUUAAUUUGACAAGAAUUUGACUUAUCAAUCAUUUUUCUGUUGUGAAGCCAUUCUGCCAAAAAUCGCUAUAAAAUACCUUAAAAAGUUGUUCCAGUUUGUCAUCUCUCAUUUUGAUAGCACUUGAUAGUAAAAAUAAGCCUGAACAAGUU